GUAGCCAUCGAGCUAAACACAUCAAAACUGUCUCUAUGCUUAAAUAAAAUCUUAUUUUUAAUUGGUUAUUUAGUAAACAAAAUUGCAAAUUCUGUGUAUCUUUGUUUAAAAAUUUAUUCCAGUCUAAAACUCAUAUCUUUGUGGGGGUGUAAAUAUAUCUAUCAGCAUAUAUAUAUAUAUAAUUCAUCCUACUCUGAACCAAUCAGAUUAUUAGGUUUAAUCUGUGUUGUUUUAGACAUGUACACGAAGGUCACACAUCAAUCUAUAAUAACAAUAGGGUCUACAUGAAUGACUCACAAUUUAAUUAAUGUUUAGCGUUGUAGGCUGAGUAUGGUAGCGAAGGAUUUCAUUGAAUUUUUCUCUAAAUACAGCUAUGGGAAUCGUGUAGCGGUUGAGGAUUUUUCAGAUCGCCUUAACUUAUUCACAGUUGUUUUAUUCCUCUUAUCAUGUAUAAUUGUGUCAACAAAACAAUAUUUUAUGAGUUCAAUCUCAUGUUAUGUUCCGGUGAAGCCUACGGGCGACAAUUUUAAUGCUUACCUUACGGAUUAUUGUUGGGUACAUGGUACAAUCCCUCUGAGGCCAGAUGAAAAAUUACCGGUUAAUCGUGAAGAAUGGGAUGAGUAUGAUCGUUUAAGACGUAUAACUUAUUACCAGUGGGUCCCAUUUGUUCUCGGGUUGCAAUGUAUAUUUUUCUACAUUCCACAUAUUGCAUGGCAGGCUGUAUGCGCCCAUAGAUCCGGUGGAGAUUUGUUUGCUCUUGUGAAAGCCGCUGCUGAUGCCGCAAUUUCUGAACGUGGUUCUCGUAAGAGCCAAGUUAAACGUGUGGCUGAAUUUUUGGAAGAUAUGAUUGAUGGUCAUAAGGAUUGUCGCCAUGGUCGUCGUAUGAAUUUAACUAGACGUGCAUAUGACAUGUGUGGUAUAUGUGUUGUUAGUAAACGGCUUGGAACAUGUCUGGUAUUUUCAUAUUUAUGUGUUAAACUCAUAACAAUUAUCAAUGCAAUUAUGCAAGUAUAUUUGAUUCAACGUUUCCUUGGUUUUUAUGCUGAUGGAAGCGCGGGACAGAAAAGUAUGCAAUUAGGGAAACCAUACGAAGCUAGCUCGGCAGUUGCAGCGAUGUCGAAUCAAGAAAAUGAAGAUUUAGACGGUUUCGGAUUCGGUUUAACUGUUGCCAACCAUAUACGUGCUGGACGUGAUUGGCCAGAGACGAUUCUAUUCCCACGUGUAGCUUAUUGUCGUGUCCCAGGUAUUCGUUUAGUCGGUGCUGAAAAUGCUUAUACGGCACAAUGUGCACUACCUAUAAAUAUGUUAAACGAGAAAAUUUAUAUAUUUUUCUGGUUUUGGAUCUGUUUCCUUAUAGCUGCCAGUAUAUUUAGUUUAGUAUUAUGGCUAGUAAGAAUGAUUAUCGCACCAAGACGUAAAGAUUUUAUCAAACGUUUCUUACGUAUUAAAGGAAUACGUUCAAGAACUGGUCAGGAGAUUACGCGCGCUGAUUUAGAUGAAUUCAUUGAUGAUUACCUUCGCCGAGAUGGUGUAUUUUUAGUACGUAUGCUGGCCAUCAAUGCUGGUGAUGUGAUCACAUCUGAAAUUGUUAUGGCUUUAUAUGAACAUUACAUAGAUAAUGUUUAUUCAGUGGAUAAUACCCCACAGAAAAGUUUAGAGAAAGAACCAUUGAAAGAUGGAUCAGGUAUACCAUCAAAUUAUGUGUAAAGUUAUUCUUAUGUUCUCUCGUAUAUAUGUGUAUUUUUUAAUCCAUAACUAUUGCUCAUGAGUAUAUAGUUGCAUUAUAGCAGUAUUACAAACAAUAGUAAUAGUAUCUUACUAGGUAAAAGCUUAGCAUGGAGGUGUACAACACAAAACUGGUUUUUUCCAGAUAUAACAAAUCUAUUUUUAAUUCUUGUUAUGGUUGUCGUUCGCACAGUUUAGAAUUUCUUCCCACUUUUGUAAUGGUUUAAUUUUUAUAUCAACGAAACUGUACCACUUUUAUGCCUACUAAUACUGAUUUCAAAUGCCUUACUUUUAUAAUGGUUUUUUUUUAGCUUUUAUUAUUAUUACUAUUACUAUUAGUAAUACUUUUAUCAACAAGUUUUUGAACAGUAUGUACGUGAAGAUCUGGAUUUUGAUUGACCUGUUUUGAAAUUGUGUUUAUUCCUUCUUUUUAUAACUAAUUUUUAUACUACUAUUACCAUAUAGUACUGUUUUUAUUGUUUUUAUGAUUCUUACGAUUAAUUACUAUUAUUAUUAUUAUUAUUCGUAUCUACCUUCCUUUAAAACCAACAAUUUAAUUGUACUGAAAUGAUUGCGAUCCUGAAAAUUUUUUCUACACCUUUGUGACAAUUAAUAAAAAUAAAGGAAUCUGUUGGGGAUUAUACAUUUGUUUUUCGAAAAGUGAACGGGGCUGUAGUUUGUAGUUACCAUUACGAAGGUUUGACUUGAUAAUUCCGAAUAAAUUGAGUAUUGGGUGGAUUGUUUUAAAUAAAAAAAAAGUAUAUUUGUAAUAUAAUAUUAUUGCGUUG